AUGGUGUCGAGUACGCCUGUACGGCGCAGGAUCAGCCGUGCUUGCGACCAGUGCAAUCAAUUGAGGACCAAAUGCGAUGGAAGGAGCCCUUGCGCGCAUUGCAGUGAGUAUGGCCUUACAUGCGAAUAUAUACGCGUUCAGCGAAAACGUGGCAAAGCAUCUCGGAAAGAGGUGGCCGUAGAGCAGCCUACGGGGAAUGCCCACAAUAGGUCAGUUAGCGAUUCAGGCGCGGGAGGAAAUGUCAAGAGACAAGAAGAACAGGCACAUCAGCCUCCGUCGCUGCCAGAACUCCAUGCGGGACCAGCGCAGGUGCUGCUUUCCAUGCAGGCUAGCCAGAGUAAUGUCCAGCUUCCGGAUUUAUCAAUUCAGCGAUCCAUGCACUAUGCGAAAUCGACCCAGGAGGCUCCUCAGCCAGCCGCCCUCAAUGCUGGCACCGGUCUGGAUAACAUCAACCGGCUUGAUCAGAUUCAGAAUCAUGGUGGUGUCGGUGUCGGAACAAGCGUUAACUCGAACCCGAACUCAAACUCACUCCCGAGCUUUGAUAACUUCCGCAGCAUGUCAUCGAAUAGCGAGUUUCUAACCAAUUUCGGGGGCCCUGGACCGCGUUCCACCGCCUCCGGGGACUCGGGCGGUGCUUACAACACGGCUGGCUUCCGCGAAAGUCCUGCCCCUCAAGGAGGGACCGUGACAACGAUGGGCUUUGAAGCCGACACAAUGCGACCCAUGCCCAAUUACUUUCCAUCUCCCCCGGCGAUGAACUCCCCAGGUUGGUUUGUUCCAUCGCCCUCCGCAGCGCUAUACACGACCAAUCGAGGCAUAACGCCUCCGCAGCCAGUACGGUACCCGGUUUUACAGCCUCUCUUGCCUCAUCUUGGCAACUUGAUACCGACGAACUUGGCAUGCGAGCUGCUGGAUGUGUAUUUCCAGAGCACAUCAUCCGCGUACAUGCAACCACAGUCCCCGUAUGUGGUCGGCUUCGUCUUCCGCAAAAAGUCAUUGCUGCGGCAGUCGAAUCCCAGGAUGUGCUCCCCCGCCCUGCUAGCUAGUAUGCUCUGGAUCGGCGCGCAGACGUGCGAAUCGCCAUUUUUUCGAUCACCAUCAGCGCGGAGCAAGAUCUGCUCGAGGCUCUGGGAGCUGACCAUUUCCUUGUUGAAGCCACUGGUGCACGAUGCCAGCGGGGCCAACGAACCGGCUGUGACAUUUAUGAACAAUCCAUUUGCCAACGGCGCAUCAUUUGGCGCGUUUGGGUUGAACUUCGAGACAGAGGAUCCGGCGGCCACAGCAUCGGCUGAUCUCGACAACGUCAUCACGUACAUGCACAUUGCAACUGUGAUCUCGGCAACGGAGUAUAAAUCCGCCAGCCUACGUUUCUGGAAUACAGCGUGGUCCAUGGCACGAGAACUCCGACUGGGCACAGAGGUGCCAACCUCCAACAUUGCCCCUUCAAUCGAUCGCUACUUGAAUGGCACAGUUGAUGAAGCUGGCAUGGCAACUCAAUCCUUGGCUAUUAACCCCAUCACCGGCAAUCCUAUCCGUCAAUUUACUGAGGAAGAGCGUGAAGAACGGCGGCGUGUCUGGUGGCUGUUGUAUACCAUGGACCGACACCUGGCGUUGUGCUAUAAUAAGCCGCUCUUCUUCCACGACUCCGAAUGCGACGGGCUGCUGCAACCAAUCGAGGAAGAAAUCUGGCAAGCUGGUGACACCUUUUCCAUUCCAUCCGGUUUCUGCAGCGACCCGUCGUCUCGCUAUUUCCGACAUCCCGGGCCGUCGAUCGAGCUUGCUGGUCCGAGUAUCUUUGGGUAUUUCACACCCCUCAUGACGUUAUUAGGCGAAAUCGUCGACCUCGUCCAUGCUAGGAAUCAUCCUCGAUUCGGAGCCUUCCUUAAUGGUGCAGGGUGGGACAACUCGACGGCGGAGAUCAGCCAGCAUCUAGCCGUGUUCGAACAAAGCUUGCGUGACUUCGAAGCACGCAGCGCUGCUUCGAUCAAAGAUGCGGCCGCUCCCACUGAUUCCACCGCCACCAACGGUAGCGGGCAACCAUCGCAAUCCGUACCGCUUGCCCACGAUGCCGGCACCCCCUCGGCCAAUUCCGUCAGCUCAUCGGCCACCCGCUACAAUGAAACUUCCCUCCGCACCAAGAUCAUCAUCGCUUAUUCCACCUACCUGAUCCAUACCAUGCACGUGCUGCUCAGCGGCAAAUGGGACCCCAUCGACAUGCUCGACGACAACGACCUUUUCAUCUCCUCCCCGACCUUCCUCGCCGCCACGGGCCAUGCGGUAUCCGCUGCCGAGGCCCUGAACGACGUGCUAGAAUACGAUCCGGAUCUGAGCUUCAUGCCGUUUUUCUUCGGGAUUUAUCUACUGCAGGGGAGCUUCCUACUACUGCUCAUCGCGGAUAAGCUGCAGGGUGAGGCAAGUGAGAGUGUGGUGAAGGCGUGCGAAACUAUUGUCAGGGCGCAUGAGGCGUGCGUGGUGACUCUGAAUACGGAAUAUCAGCGAAGUUUUCGGAAAGUCAUGCGAUCCGCUCUGGCCCAGGUGCGUGGGCGCCUAAGCGAGGAAAACAAGGGUGAGCAUCAGGCGAAGCGGCGAGAGGUUCUCUCGCAUUAUCGGUGGGUUAAGGGGGGAGGAGGCCUUGCUGUUUGA